CCCGGAAAGGCUUUUUGGUAGUACAUGCUAAAAGCCGUUAGCGGAAAAUAAACAUAACGCUCGUUCACCAUGGCAGAGACACACAGCUUGCAGGAUAUGAGGCAACAGGCCGCCGUUGCUGCCAAAGUCUUCAUUCAGAGAGACUACAGCAACGGAACAGUGUGCCAGUUCCAAACCAAGUUCCCCUCAGAGCUGGAGACCAGGAUUGACAAACAGCAGUUUGAGGAGACGGUGCGGACGCUAAAUAACCUGUACGCUGAAGCCGAGAAGCUGGGAAGCCAGUCAUAUAUUGAAGGUUGUCUGGCCUGCCUCACCGCGUACACCGUGUUCCUGUGUAUGGAGACUCACUACGAGAAGGUUUUGAAGAAGAUCGCUAAGUUCAUUCAGGAACAGAAUGACAAGAUCUAUGCACCGCGAGGCCUCCUGCUCACCGACCCCAUCGAGAGAGGCCUACGAGUUAUUGAGGUCACCAUCUUUGAAGACAGAAGCCUGACCAGAUAAAAGCUGCCACGGCUUCUACCACAUUCAUGACAUGUUGAAUGAAGCUGGAGAGUGAGAUACUGUUUUAUGACCGCGGUAAUGAGUUCUGCUGGUGCCAGAAAACAAAUGAGGACUUAAUAAUUAUAACUUUAAUGCAAUAAAUGUCAGGCGGAUAUCCGUAAUUUAAGGGUCAGCACAGAAUGUAGCCACAUGUUGUACAAUGAGUUGUAUAUUUUGUUUUGUGUGACUUCUUUUGUCGACGAGCUGUGUGUGCUGACUGGACGUGCCCAGUCCCAUCUGGUGCGUUUUGAAUUCAUGUGUGUUGCAUUCACUGAAAUUAAAAAAGAAGGAUUUGCAUUCACAAAAGACCCUCACCGUUCUCCUUAAAGGUCUUUAAGUCAUAGUGCCCGUACUCACAGGAACAGGUUUAGGAGAAUCUGCAAAAGUGUAUAGAAACCGACGUUUGAGGAGCCCUAAAAUGCUAUUUUUGGAAAACGGGCUCCACUCUUGUGUUUUGAUGUCAUAGCUCCAUCUCUGGCUCUUCCCAGUCGCUGCUACCUUUCUCGUCUUCUUCUUGACAUGCAGAUGCUCCGUGUCAUCUUCUUUUUGGUGUAUAUCUGUGGCAGCACUACAGCACCACAUACAGGCAUGGCAUAGUUAUUUCAGCAUUCAGAGUCUUUCUCAUCAAUGAAGACAUUUCUAGAAACACUGCCAUGUUUAAGAAGGAAAAAGGAAAAAAAGAUCAUGGAGGGAGAUUCUUAGGCCUUACUCUGCAGUUAUUGUUCCACGUGUAUGAGGGACAACAUCCCACGACACACUAUUGUUUUGUUUGAACAAUUCUGAAACCGUCUGAGACGACACACAUUUCGAUUAUCAGCCACAGAUGUCUUUUAUACAUCUGCAGACAUUUCACUCUGGCUGAUGCCUCGCGGGUUUUGACUGAAGAGCACAUCUCAUCCCGUGAAUUCCUUCGACCUCUGGCACAGUAAAUCCCUUCUUUUUUCUGUUGUGUGUUCAAGAAAAGACAGAGAAGCUUCACGUUGUUAUCCAAAGAUGUGCUGGGCCCAAGUCAUACUGAAAAGUACUUUGUACAGACCCUGGACUGAGCCUAGUCUGCUCUGUAGCAUUGACAUUACCGUCAGGCAGAGUAAGACAUACCCCAUAAAUAUUUUGCAUAUGGGGAAUGCUGUGUUUGGCAGUGUUUCUGAGUCCACAGACCCCUGUGAAUGGAUAAACCAUUGCCCCACUACGCUACGGACAUAUACAGUGAUUAAUCCUCUCUUUUGUAAUUCCUACCAAGUGCUUUGAUACAUUUACAGGACCUGUUGAGUAAUGUAAACCCCAGGUCGUUUAUAAGUAGCUGAGGUAAACCACAACCAGCAAGCACACAGGACUCUAACAUACAGUAUUUCAUCCUCCCCGGAGCUUAGGCCUCUUUAUCCUCCCACUAGGGCUAUCCCGGCAAUGAUUGUUUCUUACCACACAACUUUGUUUCACUAUUUACACUGCUGUGAUAUUAACCGCCUCAACCUUCACUUAUAUAUCCCUGGUGUUGUGUUGCUUGCUCACUGCUUGUUUUCCCCAAGCAUUCACAGUGUAAACGAUCAUAGAGCCUGACCAAUGUGACGGAACCUGAUCCAAAGCAAUAUCAUUUAAAAAUAAGCCAUUUCUCUACCCUAAGUGAUCAGCUGUUGUGGCUGUGGUGCUGCGUGUACCGUAUUGUUGGGGCACAGGAAGAGUGUCUGAAUGCACCGUGUUCCUUAAAGCCAAGCAGAGCGACAUUUUCAAACUUAUAAUCAGAUAAAAGGUUUCACUCAUCUCUGUCUAUAUGGCAGCAAAUUUUGAAAUGGUAGGAAACAUCAACUAAGUUGUAGGGGGCACCCGAGGUUCAUUGUUCAUUCAUUGUCCAUUCACUGUCCCUGUAAAUUCUUUCAGGAUAACAUCAUUAUUCAACAAAACCGCAUGUUGCAAUAUAUACGUUGUCGUGACCUCUGUUGCGUAUCACAUCCUGAGGUUGUAGGAAGUAGCCUGCUCAUUUGUAACCACACACUUCCAACCGGCUCUUUCAGUUGUCAAUGAAAAUGUGAAAACGGCAUCAAAUUCGAAGCUGAGCAGAAUUACAAUGUGCCGACAUGACAGUUUGCCUCACUGCAAGCAGUGAAGGAACAUCACCGACAACUAUCUCAUAAAAAGCGGGAGAAGAGCAUGAAAGACGGCGUAACUGAGGUAUUCCAUUGACUGCAACAGCCUUACCUGCCACUAUUUCCUCUGCUUUAGACUGAUAAAUCUGCAUGUCAGAUCAAUAUCAGCCUCUGAUUAUAAGUUGGCCAUGACCAGACAGCCUGUGUGGAACGUUUGUAGCUGCAGUUUUGGCGUAAAAAAUUUUUUUUUGCCUCCAGUGACUUAAAUGGAGCUGAGAGUAAAGUAUUGAACGUAUUAAUCAGGUGACAAGACCCAUGAUCCUCACUAACUGAUGAUUUUUAUCCAACCAUUCUUGAGGAAACAAUUUAAAACAAGCACAAAAUGUUCACUUCACCUCCAAUGACCUGGUGUCAAAAGUAAAUUGGACCUCACAUACCAUGGAUCCAUCCAUUUUCUACUGCUUUAUCCUCUACGUGAAGGUUGCGGGGAGCUGGAGCAAAUCCCAGCUGACAUGGGGCAAAAGGCAGGUUAUACCCUGGACAGGUCACCAGUCAUGGGGCAAACAUACAGAGACAAACAAGCGUUCACAUUUACACCUACAGUCAAUUCAGGGAGUCCAAUUAACCCAAUCGCCUAUCUGCAUGUUUACGGUGUGUGGUAGGAAGCCGGAGUUCAUGGAGUAAACUGUGUCAGUGGGGAGCUAAAUCAAGACAGACAGACUCGGCUGGGUUCGCCCAGGCUAAGCAUCUUCAGUCGUUUGCUGUAGGCAACUGGACUCGCUUGAGUCAACUUUGAAGAUGUUUCAUCUCUCAUCCAAGAAGAGGCGUCCUCAGUUCUCGCUCAAGUCCAGUUGCCUACAGCUACCUACUUAAGAUGACCAUGACCUGGAUGACUGAGAACCUUCGCAGACCAGACAUGUGUGGAGCAUACACGUUUUAAAAUGUGCAGCAUUAUCGACUUUUUAAUGCAUGCCUUUAAUGUCUUCCAUCAGUGUGUGGAUGUAAAAGUGCAACUUUGACUGUUUGAUGCAGACGUACAACCCUGAAGCAGUAAUUCAACUUUUGGCUUGCGAGUCGGCGAAGAAUAAAGAAAUGUUGACUUAUUAUUUCUCUCCUAUUG